AAGGAUAUCACCGUUCUGUUGUUCCGACAACUGACAGAUAAAUAUAAAACAUUCAUAAAGGUUUACAAUGAUGCAUAAUCAGACGUGUCCGUGUUUCCAUGAACCCUCCACGGACUAGUAUCACAAAGUAUUAAUUUAGUUUAUCAGAUCAAACCAUAGUUUCCGUGUUUUGUUUUGAUAAACUUGACUCGACCAAUCAGGCGACCAAUGUCGACCAACUUCUCCUAGCUCAUGAAUAUUCAUGUCCUGAGCAUUACGCGGCUGUGUUUGGACUCUGACUUCCGCCGUGUCUCCCGUAUGUCCAGCUGAAGUUCUUUCAACUUUAAGUUCUCCGUCCCUCGUCUCCGCCGAUCCGGACAAUGAGCGCCGUGCUGCCCCGCGUCGAGCAGCUCUCCUCCCGGGUGCUGCGGGUCCUGGGCUGCAACCCGGGGCCCAUGACCCUCCAAGGGACCAACACCUACCUGGUCGGCACCGGGCCGCGGCGAGUUCUGAUUGACACCGGGGAGCGCGGCGUGCCAGAGUACAUCAGCUCUCUGCGGGGAGCGCUGCGGCAGGCCGACGCCACCAUCCAGGAGGUGCUGCUCACCCACUGGCACCACGACCACGUGGGGGGCGUGGCUGACGUCCACCGUGACAUCACAGGUGUCGAUGUGCCUGUGAGCAAACUGCGGCGCACUGAGGGGAGGUUGGAGGAGGAGGAGCGGGGGAAGGGCUACACCUACCUCUCUGACGGAGACGUCAUCCGGACGGAAGGAGCUACUCUCACGGUGCUGUUCACCCCGGGCCACUCCGACGACCACAUGGCUCUGCUGCUGCAGGAGGAGGGGGCCGUGUUCUCGGGGGACUGCAUCCUUGGGGAGGGCACUGCGGUGUUCGAGGACCUCCACGACUACAUGGGGUCCCUGGAGCGCCUGAUGGGGCUCCGGCCCUCCCUCAUCUACCCAGGCCACGGCCCUGUGGUGACGGAGGCGGGCCCUAAGAUCCAGCACUACAUCAGCCACAGGAAGCAGCGCGAGCAGAGCAUCCUGUCCGCCCUCCAGGCUGCCGCCGGGACCAGCUUCACCUCCACGCAGCUGGUCCACAUCAUCUACAAGGACACUCCCCAGCACCUCCACGGUGCGGCUGAGGUGAACCUUGUCCACCACCUGAAGAAGCUGGAGAGAGAGGCCAAGAUACACCUGGUGGAAGACAACUCCCCGACGGUCCGAUGGAAGAGCAACCUGUAACCAGAGAUUGCCCACAUAUGGACAUCCUGUAUAGAGGAAGGCCUAUUUAUGGGAAUCCUGUACACAGGCACCCUAUAAGGACAUCCUGUGUACAUUUGAUUCUUUGUCCAAGCAGCGUCUGAUCCUGGUCAGUGGAUCGGUGACACUGGGAAUGGACAUCUGUACCGUAGCCAAUGGGGUCACUGUGCUUCUUCCUUAAACCACACCCCCCUGCUCUCAUUUGCUCUGAGUAAUGUCAAUCCCAUCAUUUGUAGUGUAAACAAGCUUAGGACAGCAGAGAGUACAACUGUUUCCUUUAAACUAGAAGAAACCUUUUCCUUUAUGAUUCGUAAACGCUCUGUGUGUCUUUGAGCGGCUACUGUUUGUUUAGAAGUCAUUGACGGAGGUGUGGUGUAGCUCGACCUGUUGUCCGCCAGGUGGCGCUGUCUGUCAGGAGGACGGCCUGAAAUAAACACGCAUGCUGUACUGUA